AUGAAGUUAGAUCAAUUAAUUAACCAAGCAGCACCACAACCAGUACCAACUGUGACACGAUUACUGUCCAUUGGUCUCAGUAGUAGUUCUUCCACUGGUGUCACCAACUCUGGUAAUGCUCCAUUGCUUCCUCAUAAUCACAAUCAAUUCAAUUAUUAUCCUAAAACAGCCACUACAAGUAGUGUUCAUAAUCAACGAGUCAAUUUACCACCAAUAUCAGAUAUUUUACAACAAGCUCAACAUUACUUACCACCACCUCCACAGCAACAGCAACAACCACAACAACCAUCACAGUCAGUGUCUUCAUAUAGACAAGCUCAAGCUCAGUUACCUCCUUUACCGCUAGCUGCUACUGCCAACUCCAAUUCCAAUUACAAAUAUUACGAUUAUUACCAAUCACCAAACAGUGAUCAUCAACAACGUUCGUACACUUCAAGUAGUAGUACUGUACCAUCACCACGUAUACCGCAUUCUGAUAACACAGUACCCUCAUACCAACAGCCAAUGAUGGUUAGGAACAACUCAUAUCCUCCAAUUCAACAACAACAAAUGCAGACACAAUACCACCAACAACCACAAUACUUGGGCGUGGGAGGAGAUUCAUACUUCAGAAAUCGUACUCCACAACCUCCAGUGAUAAAUCAUAACCACAAUAAUGGUUCCAACUCUACUUUAUCCUCAUCAUCUAUGUCGUCGCCAUUAUCAUCGCCUUAUGAUUCUCAAAAUCAUACUAGUGACUUUAGUGCUACUGGUACACCAACUGACAACUUUAUGAAACAUGCUUCUGGUGCUUCUGCUACAAAUGGUGGAGUUAAUAAUAAUCGAAAAACGAGAAACAAUUUACCUAAAGAGAUUACAUUUAUUUUAUUACAAUGGUUGAAUGAUCAUUUGAAUCAUCCAUAUCCAAGCUCAUUUGAAAAAAAUCAAUUGAUGAUAAGUACUGGGUUGAACCAACAACAAUUGAGUAAUUGGUUUAUCAAUGCUCGUCGAAGAAAAAUCAAGUUGUUGAAACAACAACAGCGUUUGAACUUUUAG